AUGGCUUCCCUAGACAUCUCUCCCGAGAUUGGCCGUUCUUAUAAAACCCUCGUCUCAUCUCCAGCCCCCGCAAAUAAGUCCCCAACUCAUGCCCAGUGGGCUGUCUUUGCUGUCUCAGUACCAUUGCAGAAUGCCUUUGUUGCGAGUUCUACAUCCAAAGCUAGCACGCUGAAAGCGGUUUUUGUGUUUGCAGAUGGCGAGCUUGAGGAGCUCAUCGAAGAGUUCAAUGAUGGCAAAGUGCAAUUUGCUUUCGUCAAGGUUAAGGAUCCGAACUCUGGGUUACCCAAGUUUGUUCUGAUUGCCUGGUGUGGCGAGGGCGUCCCGGAAAGAGUCAAGGGAUAUUUCACCGGCCAUCUAAACGCGGCCGCCAAAGUUUUGCAUGGUUACCAUGUACAAGUCACUGCCCGGUCUGAAUCCGACCUCUCACCCGAAUCUAUAGUCCAGAAGGUCGGUGAUGCCUCGGGAGCUAAGUAUUCGUCCUCGAGCACUUCCACCGCUCCUCCGACAUCUGCCCCGAAGCCGCCGGCUCCAUCGUCUAAACCUGCGUAUACACCUACUCGAGUUUCCGGUGCUACAGGCUCGCGAGCUCCCUACAAACGUGAAGAGCAGACGGACAGUGAUGGCUGGGGUGCAGAUGCCCCACCUGUAACGAGGAGCCAGUUGGAAAAGGUUGCGCCUGCUUAUAAACCGACAAAGGUUGACAUUUCUGCAAUUCGAGCUCAGCCAACAUCCACUACAUCUGGUUAUGGCAGUGCAUCAUCUGCUAGUGAUAGACCGGAUAUCGUGAAAGGAGCCUAUCAACCUAUUGGAAAAGUAGAUAUUGCCGCUAUUAGAGCUCAAGCACAGCAGAAAUCUGAGCGUCCGGAGAUUGUCAAGGGUGCAUACGAGCCGGUUGGUAAAGUAGAUAUCGCAGCCAUCAGAGCUCAAGCGAGGCCAUCUCCGGCGCAUGAAGAAGAGGAAGAAAGGCCAAGACCGGUAUCAGAGAGAUCAGCUGCAUUUUCGCAAAGUGAGCGACUCACCUCUCUCCCCAAACCAAAACCUGUAAAGAAGUUUGGGACAGGUGCGCCCAGCUUUGGUACUAAACCACCCACGCCUGGUGGUUUCGGAUUGAAUCCUUCUGUCCCAGCAGCUGCACCUGUGGGUUCUGCAAGUAGAGACUUUGGCUCCUCCGGUGGUAAAACGCCCGCCCAGUUAUGGGCUGAAAAGAAAGCUAGAGAGCGCGGUCUCUCAGGCGCCAGCGAAACCACUCCGCCGACUUACGCAGGCCAGCAAUACCCCCCUGUUAGCACCUCAAACACCGGCCGUAGCUCCGGGAGUAAUGAUGGCUUGUCAAAUAAGUUUGCUCAACAAAAAUUGGAUGACCACGAGGAGGAUGUACAAGCCCCCGCGGGUGGUAUCAGCGCACUGAGAAAUAAAUUUUCAGGCGCGCCCCCGAUGGGGGCACCGACAUCACCAAAGAGCCCUCCAAGAACCGGCGGUUACCAGUUCCAGCAAACUACAGGAGAGCGUGCUCCUCCACCUCCACCCGUUGAUAUCUCUUCCAGGCCUACUAUCGUCGCUGGAGGGGCCGUCGCACUCCCUGGAUUCCCUCCUAAGCCUGUUGAUGAUGAAGAUGAGACAAACGCAGCUGGAAUUCCACACCCACCGCCGCAACCUCCAAGAUCUCCUACCCCACCCACUCCUGAGAUUCCCGGAAGUCCUAUUAGGAUCGCAAUGCCCGUAUCUAGGCAACAGGAAGAUCCCAUAACACAUGAACCAGAGCCAGAAUCAUCCAUUCCCAUAGAGAGUUUGAGUAGGGUAGUUCCACAAGAAGAUGAUCUUGAGGACGAAGAGCCAGCAAGGGUUAGAUCGGAAACAGUUGGUAUAGGUGCAGGAGGUGAAACCGUUGAAGGCAGCGCAGGAAGGCGUGCACUCAUCUUAUUUGACUACGAAGCAACCGAGCCGAACGAAAUAAACUUGGUCGAGGGACAGAUUGUUGGAGAGGUCGACAUGGUCGACGAGGAUUGGUGGGCUGGACGCAACGUACAGGGGGAGAGUGGUCUGUUCCCCAGCAACUAUGUUGAGCUUAUCGAGGGAGACGAAGAAGAACAAGGUCCUCCACCCUCUCGACCAGAGGAUAGACCUUCUGUAGAAUCUCCUCCACCGCAGGAGGAAGAACACCAAGCCACCAACGGCCCAUCGGCGAUUGCCCAGUAUGACUAUGAAGCAACAGAAGAGAAUGAACUCUCCUUCCCUGAUGAGGCAAUCAUCGAAGAUAUCGAAUUUCCAGACGAUGAUUGGUGGUUGGGAACAUACGGUGGAAAGCGCGGCCUCUUUCCUGCAAACUACGUGGAGUUGCGCAAGUGA